AAAGUAAAGAAAAUGGAGCUAGCCAUGAGUAAGAUUAACGAGGAUCAAGCUAAGCCUUUAGCUCCACUUUUUCUCACUACCCGAAGCGACCAACCAGACGAAGAAGAUCAGUACCACCACGACCGAACCAAAUACGUCCAUUCACAGACCAAACUCAUCUUAUGUUGUGGUUUCAUCGCAUCUUUAACUAUGCUCAUCGCAGUCACCUUCAUCGUGCUCUCCCUCACGGUUUUCCAUCUCCAUAGCCCAAACCUCACCGUCGAUUCCAUAUCUUUCAACCAACGGUUCGAUUUUGUCAACGGUAAAGUCAACACGAACCAAAACACUACAGUCUCAGUCGAAAUCUCGUUACAUAAUCCUAAUCCGGCGUUGUUUAUAGUGAAGAACGUUAAUGUUUCGUUUUACCACGGUGAAUUGGUGGUGGUUGGAGAAAGUAUUAGAAGAAGUGAAACUAUUCCGGCUAAACGGACGGUUAAGAUGAAUCUGACGGCUGAGAUUGUUAAGACAAAGCUACUAGCAUCUCUACCAGGUUUAAUGGAGGAUUUGAACGGUAGAGGAGUGGAUUUGAAAAGCAGUGUUGAAGUUAGAGGUAGAGUGAAGAAAAUGAAGAUUUUCAGGAAAACUGUUCAUCUUCAAACGGAUUGUUUCAUGAAGAUGACAACGAACAAUUUCUUAACGCCUACAUUUCAAUGUUUUUAAGAAACAAUAAAUGGCAAAAAACAGAGCCAAAUCUAAAAGAGAUUAAAUUUUGUUUCCCUUUCUACGCUUAUUAGAGGUCUGUAAAUAAAAGUAGUUGAUUGUGAAU